UCGGCGAUUAGCACACGCAGUUGCCGGCCGGCCAGCUGACAGGCUAACUACGUUUAGUACGUAUCGCGACGCCAAGAGGACCGCACGCGCGUCGUCGUCUCAAAAUUAAAUACGUAAAGUGAACUGUGACAGUUUUGUGUUAAAAAAGAGUUUAAUAAUUGUGUAUGGAUACAAGAAGUUUAUUUUCGGUUAAGUUCGUGACGUCACAAUAAUGACAGCAAAAAUGAAACGCCUUAGUUUACACCUGAAAUCAUUUUUACUGCUGCUAUGGCUGUCAGUACACAGCGGGGACGGCUACAGCUGCCCCUAUGGCCAGCACUGUGUGUUGGAGCCCGCGCCGCCCGGCCGCACGCCGCCCUGCGCGCAGCCAGGACUCACAUACUGCGUGCAUCCAGACCCUUAUCCAGAAAAGAUAAUUCGCCAGCUGAUUGAAGCUGGUCAGUACGACAUCAGCACCCUGCUGUCUGAUGAGAGUCGAGACGAGUUCUCCCAGGCUAAGAAGAACGACUACCCCUACGACUACGGCCCCAAUUCCCUACCGCACGUGGAUCAGAUAUCGCUGGUCAAUGAUCCUCAUUACCAGAAGAAUUAUAACACCAAGUUCCAUACUAGGUAUAAUCAUGACAUAUUUUCUCAAAAGACUCCACUCCAGCCGCCAACCGCAAGCGACCCAACACCAUACAACAUCAAUGCUUACCAGGCAUCCAACUUCUCAAAAUUCGGUUUCCAUGGUUACUCACCGAAUGGCUACUGGAACCCUAAUAGGAACUUCGGCGAAUUUGAGAAGAAGGUCCUAAGACAGACCCCUUUGGGAUACAACCAGAAUUAUUUUGGAUCAAAUUUUUACCCUGGUUUUGAUACGAAUGAUUGGUUUCGUCCGUCGGCAGGCGUGACGCAGUACAAUCCUAAUGAAUGGUGGAAAUAUAUGUCACCGUCACGCUCUGACGUGACGAUAGAGAGGUCCGUCACGUUCCCGACGCGGACCUCCACGGAACGGAGGCGCAGGAGGAACGCGGAGCUGGUGCGGGCGGCCGACAAGAGGAAGCUAACUGGGGCUGAGGCCUUGAGGAUAGCGCUCGGGCUUGCCAAUGAGGAUUCAUCAGCAGAGCGUACUCGCAGACAAGCUCAAGCUCCGAACCAGCAAACUCUUUGCUCAGUGAGAACGGAGUUCACAACACCCCGAGCGGCUCUCAACAACAAAGGCAACUGGAAAUACGUUGUCAACAUGCCUGAUAACAUGUCGCAACUUGUACGGGCUGAGAUUUGCACAUCAACGGAAUGCAGUGGGAUAUGUACAGUGCCACCUGGAUAUACAUCUCGCUGCGAACAAAAAUACAUACAGAAACGUUUGGUUGCCUUACAGUCGGACGGAACAAACCUCUACACUGAUGUAUUCUGGAUACCUAGCUGUUGUCAAUGUACAUUUACAGCAAAUACAAACUGAAUCUAAUUCGAAAACAAAAUUAGUGAUGCAUAUUUAGAUAACAAAAACUUUUUCGCUUUCUAAGUUCUACUAUUUGAUAAUAGAUGGCACUACAAUCGUUUAGUAUUACUUUGUGUAAAGUAGCGAAACUGUUUUCACUGCCUUUUAAAAUUAUUUUAGAAUCAUGACACUUGUAUUUAUUCAGAUGGAGCACAAUAACUUUUGUCCUGAUAGAGUAUUAUAAUUAUUUUAAUUAUUUGAUAAUAUAAUUAACGACACUGGAAACUUUU